UUCCGGGUACACGAAGGUCCGAGGAAAGGUCUACACGAGUCCACCGACGCUCAAUGGACAGGUAUUUUUCACCUAUGUGAUGAAAAGAAAAUUAAAUUUUCAAAAAUUAAAAAAGGCACUGAAGUUCAUCAACACCGUCCAUUUGACAUCAACCGCAACAACUCCAGCCAUCAUCACCGUUCAACUUCUACAAUACGACUUCGCAACACAUGCAAUCCUCUCCCUUCGGAUCCCCAAAAUUAGUUCUUUCCAGCAAACGCUAAACCUGGAUUUUCUGUGUCUGCGGUAAUAUCCUUCAACGAGAGACUUCCGGUCAUCUUGCCUACACGCGCCAUCAGAAAUGGCUGCCCCAACUAUCCCGAUCUCAAAUCCCCAGUCCCAAUCACAACCCCCAAUCGCCACCCCCGCCUUCCGCGCCUUCAUCUCACUCCUCUCCUCCUCGAUCCGUCAUGGUUUAUCUCAGCGCCGCCCUUGGUCGGAACUCGUUGACCGGAACUCCAUGGCCCGACCUGAUUCCCUCUCCGAAGCCGCCUCCCGGAUCCGGAAAAAUCUAUCUUAUUUUAAAGUCAAUUAUAUUACCUUUCUUGCAAUUGUACUCGCUUUCUCCCUCUUGUCUCACCCUUUCUCUCUCCUCGUCCUUCUCUGCCUCCUCGCCGCUUGGAUCUUUCUCUACCUCUUUCGACCGUCGGAUCAGCCUGUUGUCAUUUUCAGUCGAACCUUCUCAGAUCGUGAAACCCUAGGUGUGUUGGUGGUGUUGACGAUUGUGGUGGUGUUUUUGACCAGCGUUGGCUCGCUUCUGAUAUCUGCUUUGAUGGUUGGAUUGGCCAUCGUGUGUGCCCACGGUGCAUUUAGGGUUCCUGAGGAUCUGUUUCUGGAUGAUCAAGAGCCUGCAAACGCUGGAUUCCUCUCUUUCCUCGGUGGUGCCGCCUCCUCAGCUGCCGCAGCAGCAGCUCCCGCCGUUGCCUCCCGUGUGUGACGCGGACUCCGUCAACUGUACGGCCUCCCACUUUGACUAGUGUUUUAGUAUAUUUCUUGUAAGGGGUGAAAAUUCAAAAUUUUUUUCCGAUCUAAAAAGCAAUUGGAUUACAGUUUUGUAGAUUAUUCUAAGAUUUGAUGCAAUCUUAGAUCUGAUUAAUUGAUUAUGCGUAUCUUGGAAUUGAUUUUGUUA